AAUGAGUGUCGACGAGUUGGAUAGAUCGAUUCGACAAUAUAAGGAACAGCUUGAUCAGAUUGCACAAGCCUUACAACACACCCGCGAUGCAGAUGAGCGAAAGGAAUUGAAUAAACUGAAGCAUGAUUUGAUUGAGCUGUUAGAGCUAACGCUGGAAACGCUCGGUCCUACAGCUGAUGAAGACUUCACAACGAACCCUGAGAAAGAUAAUGGAGCUUCAACAACAGCAAAAACACCAUCGGUCGAUUGUAUGGAUGACGAAUUUGCACAGUUCAUGAAAGAGAUUAAAGAACUGCCAGCCGUGCCGAAAGAAAAUACGGAAACGAAUUCAACCCCACCAGACCCAGAGUCGCAUGAUGAGCUCGAUUUAGAAGGAUUAGUUGGCAGCAAAUGUUCAGCGCCUCAUUUGCACACUUGGGGAUCAACCACUUACCAUAAUGCGAUGGUAUGUAGUGUCGAUGCCUCCAAUCUGGCAGAAGCAACGGCGAAGGUGCUUUUCACAAAUCCUACCCACCGGGAGAUGAUACCUUGCAGUUACUUUCUGGAAGGCGAGUGUCGCUUCGCCGAUGACAAAUGUCAUUAUUCCCAUGGGGAAGUUGUCCGUUUGGACGAGUUGCAUGACUAUCGAGAACCACUGUUUGAACGACUGCGCCAAAAGGGUAGCCGAGCGCUGGUAAAGCAAUCCUCCCGCCUCUGGUGCAAGGGCACUGUACUGGAGGUGGACUUUACCGAAAAGCGAUGUAAAAUUCGACUAGAGGAAGGUAAACGCGAACAAGCGGACGUACUGUUCGAAGAUCUUUUACCACUCGACGACGACGAAGAGCAUGGUUCUUCGCCACGAGACAGCACUUCAGAUGACGAUUCUAGUGAAGAGGAUGAAGAAGCUGUCCGGAAGGCUGAAAUGGUUGCAAAAAGUCUUUUUCAACCAGCACCCGAUCGACGGUUAGGCGAGUGGGAGGAACAUACACGGGGCAUCGGGUCGAAAAUUAUGCAAAAAAUGGGUUACGUCGUUGGAACCGGGCUUGGUCGGGAAGGGGAAGGCAUUGUGCUUCCGGUCAGUGCACAGGUAUUGCCGCAGGGUCGGUCACUGGAUUACUGUAUGGAGCUUCGUGAACAGGCGAACGGUGAUAAGGAUCUGUUCAGUGUGGAGAAAAAGCUCGUCCAGCUGAAGAAGCAGCAGGAAAGGCGGGAUGCCAAGGAUUAUGAGCGUCGGGCCAAGGCAGACAAAGCAAAGGAUGUGUUUAGCUUCAUCAACGAGCAGGUGUUCAGUGGAGGCGAAAACUCAAAAGCAAAACCAUCGACCCGGCAGGGUGAGCUAUCGAGACACGAUCUUAAGGAACAUUCGUCCAAAAAUUUAAACAUUGCCAGUCUCAAGCUGUCGGAAGAAAUACGACGAACGGAAGCUGAAGUAGAGCGUCUUAAAAUCGCACUAACGCGACACAAAGCAAGCACACCGGCAUCGGACAAUUUACGAAGGCAGAUCGAUGCAAAGCGUGCGGAGAUCUCGCGCCUACAGGCAUCAGAAUACAACAUUUCCAAGGAGCAACAGAUGCGCACAGACAAAAAGAAGAUGACGAUAUUUUAAAA